AGACUUGGCAACAGAAUUGAUCGUAUGGGUCCCUUUGUUUGGGAUGGCGAUAUGGAUGGCUUUGGAUGAUAAGGAAUGUUAGGUUUAGUGUCACAUGUAAAUCUGAUGGAUGCUCUUAUCCAUCCUCAUCGUCAAAUCAACAGCUUAAACUAUUUUUCUAUAAGUCGACCGAGUAGCUCACUCAAUGAUUCUUCCGAGUCGGAUGCAUUAAUUGAAGAUACUCCGGACUCUCCAGUAGAAACUACCGACUAUUCAAGCAAAGCCCCUGAUAUUGGUCAAACAGUGACAAUAAAUCACGAUGGUUCUGAGAUAUCUGUGUGCGACACGCAGAGAUUGAACAAACGAGUUUGUUUCUCAUAUCAAGAUGAAUCUGACCCUGACGAAUAUCCUUUUCAUGCUGUAACUUAUGGUGAGUCAGAAAGCUGUUGGGGUCUUCCUUAUAACGAUCACAAUUAUGCAUCCUACGAACCAAAUCCAGAUCAUAAUAAAUCUGUUGAACCUGAUGAUCGUUUGUCUCUUUUAGCAAAGUUAGCAUUAGCAAAAGAUGAGAGUCCACAGGAUUCGGGAGAAAAGACGUCCAGGACACUCCAGUCUACACUGCAGACCAACUGGACUCUUGAAGAAGGUUCCACGGUCUCAACAACUAAGUCUAUGGGUUUGGUUGAGCUAAACGCGUUGUGUUCAUCAACUAGACGUUCUGUCGUGUGCAACUCAGAACUGAAUUCUCCCAGUAACGGACAAUCCCUGGUCACAACGACAAGUCACGUUUCUUCCUUGCCUGGUCGAACAAUCUUGAUCUCAACUACCGGUGGGAAUGUAAAUCCUCCCCUGCAGAUUCAUCGAGUUAGUUCAUCCCUCACUCCACAUGUUAUCUUACGGACUGGUUUGCCUGGUCUUCAAAUUUCUACAACUGCUCCACGUCAGGUUUCUACUGAUAGUAUGGAUUCUGUUCGUUGCGUUUGUGGAAACACAAAUUUGGAUGGUUACCUCGUUCAGUGUAAUCAGUGCAGAGUUUGGCACCAUAGUGAAUGUAUUUCAUCUGCUGGUAAAAGUCACUUGUCAACACCAUAUGUUUGCGAAAUAUGCCAGACACAGUCGAAAGCUAUUGCUACUCAGCGACCUCAUUUAACCGCGUUUAACAGUGUUGGGUCAACCACAACUCCUAACAUCCGGAUUUCUCGUGCUCCUAUAGGGACAAAUACACCUUCAGGACGUGUUUUCUUAACAAAUACGCUCGGAGGUGUGACUCAUCGUCAAGUUCACGUUUGCAUCCCAGCAAGCCAAGGGAUAUCUGGUGUUCAGUGUGGUGAGUUCAAUCUAGUUUCUAGUGUGAUUUCAGAAAAUGGCUCUACUGCAGCCCGCCCUCCAAACUAUGGCCAAUGUGGACGAUCUGUAAGAAGCUCUAAAAGAAAACAAGAUCUGCUAACACUCACUGGUGGAUCAUCCUCUGCAAACGCAGGCAUUGAGGGCUUUUCAAGCUCACCUCCGGUGUUGGAUGACUAUGAUGACUUGUCAAACAUGCGCACAUCUUAUACCACUGAUUUAAAGAGCUGCUUCGUGGAGGGUUCAUUGAACGUAUGCCAAACACAAGGAAGUAAUCCAAUCCCUGUGUCCGAUAAAGUGCAAAUUCGUCAUAGCAGCAUUGUACAUCGUUUAAUUACAGAUUGCCCGAAUAAUAAGGUACAAAAUACAUUUACCCAGGUAAAUGAAGUGUGCCAUACCUCCCCUCCUUGUCCAGCACCUGACUCUGUACUAUCUCCUCCAUCAGAUAUCUAUGAAGAAGCCCAAACUCUACAUCUUUCAAGUCGUGUUUGCAAAAGACUAAGUUUAUUGUUUCCUCUGUUUACUAGCAUGGGAGCAGAUUGUGGCGACAUAGAUGGUAUUUUUAACGAAGAAAUUCCCUCUAAUCUUGAGCGUUUGUUCCGAUAUCAGGUUGUUAGCUUCGACUUUAACCGCAGGGGCCUAAUAGCAAGUGAAGACAUUUGUCCUCGUACGCCGAUUAUUGAAUACCGUGGUAAUUGUUUGUUACUCAGUGAAUACAACGAUAUGUACGACUAUCGUAAACAUUACAAUCCGUUUGUACUGUUUUACAAAUCCUUGCCGAAGUUACCUCUCUGUGUUGAUGCUCGCAAGUAUGGCAAUGAAGCGCGCUUUAUCCGUCGGUCAUGUACGCCUAACUCUGAGGUCCGUCACUGCAUUUCCUUUUCAAAUGAUCAACAUAAUGAACCCGUGCCUCAUCUUCGUCUCGUCGUUGUUGCAUCACGGGUUAUUCCAAAGUCAUCCGAGAUAACUCUACCUUUUGAUUUUGACUAUACAGCCUGUCGAUAUCUUGUUAAAUGUGCAUGUAUUCUUAAAGGUUGUCCGAUUACCCGUUGGUUCCAAAGAAUGAAUCAGUUGAGCAACCCUUUUCGAAGUUCGACUCGCCAUUCGUUGGUGUGCACUCGCAAAUUACCACAUUCACCCCGCUCGUAUGGAGUCAACGGUCAUUCUCGAGGUCUUAGUCUGUUGCAAAACUCCCAGUCCCAUUACGAUGACAAGGAUCCUUCCAAUGAACAGUCAGUUUUGUGUCCUAAAUCUCCCGUAAAUACCACUGUGAGAAACUUCUCUAUUAGUCGAACAGGCCGUUAUCUUCCAAGUCCUAUUUCGAAUGAGCGAACUUCAGCAUCACAUCAAGCAGGAUCUAACCGAACUACUCGUGGUUACUUAAAUAAAUCAGGCAUUUCAUGUGGAGUUCGUAAAGCUAUUCAUCGGAGAGGUCGUGGACGGGGCCGAUUAAGAAGUUCUAGUUCUCUUGGAGUGCGUGGCAAACGUGGAACAGAGCGGUUGUCCUCCAGAAUGGUGUACCUUAGGAAGUCCAAUUCUAAAUCCUUGACAACUGCCAGAAAACGCCGUUCACAACGUAAUUCCUGUUCUCACAGUGUUCAACAUCCAGUGUCACCACCUAGUGAUAGCAUUGUAAAUGUAGAUAAGAAAAGAGAUUCGCUUUACUUUCCUAGUAGAAGUGGUUUCUCUUGCGAAAUAGAAUGUUUAGAUAGAUUACGAUCGGUGCCUGUUAAAGCCAGUGACUCUCCACAAAAGUCAUCCAACAGAGAAAAUCAAGUAGAAGCCAUUGAUAACACAGAUAUCGGCUGUAAGUCGAAUAAUGAAUUAUUGGGUGAGGAUUUAGAUGCUGACACUGAACCGGAAUAUGAAGUACAACCAGAAAAGUUAACAGAUAGAUCAGUAUGUCGAAAAUAUGUACAGUCUAAUUCCCAUCAGGACCGUCUUAAUUCUAAAGGAACAAAAGAGUCUUAUACCUCAAAUAAUUCUCCUAGAUCACCUGAUUUGGAUCGUGUAAAAUCUGAAAUACACGAAAGUCAUAUUUCUAAGCGCAAAUCUGCUGAUUCAUCAUCACUUGUUGACCGUGGAAAACGUUCACAGAUAAGCACCUUCGAUGAUCAUGUUUCUAAAUCGCGUAAAAGAAGUACUUCACUUGAAGAAAAAGAAGACAAGAAAUCAAAGGAGGAUGUAUGGAUGGCUGAAGUGUUACGUCGCAUAGAGCGUAUGGAAAAAAAACGAUUAAAGCAACGCGUGUCUUCGGUCAGUUUAAAAAAUAGUCAAAACACUGAUUGCACUAGAAAUGACUCAAACCAGUUUUCUCCCCAUGAAAAAUCUCCGGAACCUGACUCAGUAUCAGACAAUAACGAUGUUAAGUCAACAGAUGGUGCAAUGGAGACUGGAGGAAGUUCUGAUAUUAACUCAAAAGCAUUAGAAUGUGAUAAAGACAUUAAAAAUGUUAUCACCGAUGAGACCCACUCUAAUCAUGUAGAACCUACAAACAUUUUCGAAAAACCUGAGUUGUUUGAUUGUGAAUCAAAUCAUUGUUCUGGUUUAUCACAAAAUAUCAAACAAAGUAAAAGUAUAUCUCCGUCCAAGGCUUGUAAUCAAGAUAUUUCAGAAGAAAGCAAUACACGUUUUCAAAGAAAGCAGUUAAAACAAUUCACUGGGUCCAAAUUUAAGUACCAAAAACGCUGUUCUGUUAGUCACAAACAGAGACGCCGGCGUUCCCAAGCAGCUAUGUUAUCGGAUAGCCUGUCAUCCGUUGAUCAAGGUGGUUCACGCGAAGACCGUUGGCUUCAAAUGCAACUUCGACGUAUCGCUGAAUUAAAUGAUCACCAGGAGGUAUCACAACUGACGUCAUCAGACAUGGAGAAUAUGUCCGAUAAAAGUCAUAUGUCAUCGGGUAAUCAUAUUAAAGAUGGAUCAAAUAUGAGAGUUACACUUUUCGAAGCCUUGGGUGUAAAAAGUGAAUCAUCAAAAAAUGAUCGUAACCCAAGUAGUUGUCUUCAGCAUUUAUCACCCAAUUUGUCUCAAUUCAAUAUAGCUUCUGGUUGUGAUACGACAGUUUUUACGGGUGGUAAUGAAUCAUCUAAUCAGAUCAAUAAUAAUCAACAAGCUCUCGAUUCUGAAGCUGAUUGUGGUUUUAUAGUUUAUAGAACUCGAGAAAAAGAUCCAAUGGCUAAAUUUAGCAGGACUCGUUCACUUGAUAUGCAUUCCUUGUUCUCGACAAUUCAUGAUGAAAUAUCUGGAAAAACAGUAGCUGACACUCGACAAGAUGUUAAUACAUCUGUUGAUGAUAUGUCAACAUCCUGUUCAACACAACCAUUUAUGCACCAAACUCCUAGACCUACAAAGAAACGGUGGUUAUCUCGAGCUCUAAUGGAGGAAGAUGUAGAAUUAUCUAACAAUAAUUUUUCAAACUGUUCCCACUCAAUUAAUCAUUCACUGUCCACUAAAUCAGAUUCUUCUUUAGUCAUACAAAAUUCAUGUACUACGCCAGUUAAUCCGAAAAAGAGGAUUAUCUCCCGACUUUCUGGGAUCUCUGAAGACUUACCUAUUUGUACGUAUUUCGAAAGCGAUGAUAAUCUCAAGAAAGAAAGUGUCACAAUUUUGUCUGAUCGUUUAGUGAACAAUCCAGAUGAUGAACAGGUGGUUUACAAUCCAGAAUCUAAAGUUGUUUCAGAGUCACAAGAAGAUCCUGAAUUUUGCGAUGGGUUGUCAACUCAUCUGGCUCCUGUAAGUUUCUAUUUUGAAGCUCGUUGCGUAGAAUAAGGAAAAUUGUUACACCAUUUAUUUUUUAAAAUUUUAUUUGCACACAUUUCUAGAGUUAACAUGCACUACGGGAUUUUAUUUAAUGCUUAUUAACUCUUGCAGAUGGACUGUCUUCUGACCAUUCUUGUUUAAGUACCAUACGUUCCCUUCCACUUUGUCUUUUUUAACGAGAUACCAAUGUCACGUAAAGGCAGCUUGUAGGGGCAGAGCUGACUCUUCCCACCCUCGACCGUAUCAGGGUAUACACUUAUAUUAAUAUCCUGUAUCUUAAGUCUGUGUCUUUUUCAGGUGCUGACAGUUCGUCCAAUGCACAUAACCAUUGCUAAAAUAAUGUAUACUUGAUUAACUCCAUUUUGACUACGUUAUAGCGAUUUUUGUUUGAAGGUCUACGAGUAAUCGAUCUGCGCAUGUAUUUAUUUGUUUCUGGAUUUGAAGAAUGUGAAACCUAACAUGUGUAAAUUUUUUUUUACUUAACAUAAAUUACAAAUUUAUGUGAUACAGCGUACGUUUUAACAACUUAUGAUGAAAAUGUACUUAAUUGUCCCAGUGCUGAAAAUUCAUCUAUAUCUUAGUCAAAAAACAGUCGAUAUAUUUUAUAUAGUUAGUAGCUGUGCUAUGUUGCGUCAACACAUUUAACACAGUUCUCCAUGAUUUAAAAAACAGUAGAAGUAACAUGCUUUCUAAAUUUGUUGUGAGUAUUUUUUAUCAAAUCUCAGUCAUAGAAUAAUGUUUUUUUUCAUUGUGACUGGUAAACAUCAAAGCAAAAUCUGAAGAAUUCUAAAACUUCGAAAUAAAUUCACUAUGCCAUUUAUAUUCAGUUGAUUAGAUUUUUAAUGCAUCUCUUACUUUGGUAGCUUCCUCCGAAGAAAGCUACAGUGAAGCAACAAGCUGAAGAGUUGCGAUUGCAAGAGAUACGUAAAGUUCGUGUUUCCCUCUCUGAAUAUCGUCGACGUCGUGGUCUGCCAGCCCUCACACCCGCUACGGAACGAAAUCAUAAACAGAUGAAAGAGCCGCUAGAUCAACCAAACGGUAAUAUUGAUAAUUUAGAAAUUAUAAUCCCACCAACUCUGAUUAGUCCUGACCGACUUCUAAUAACGCUCCCAAAUCUUCACAAUGAAUCAAAGUCAUCUUCUGACGUAAAAAGUUCUGAUGGAUUACUGCGAAAGGUUACAACAUUGAACAUAAAACCUGAAGUUCUUCAUGAUUAUAAUCAACCCCUAUCACCGUACACAAAUACACCAAAAAGAUGUGAAUUUGAUAGCGAACGUGAUUUUAUUGAUGCAAAAGUAAGUGAACGUGGACCUCGAACACCAAGCGAGCCACCAGAUGAUGAUGAUGAUAUCGGAGUCGAUUCUAUAAAUCCUGUUAGUAGAGGUGCUCUUAGUAGUUCUCCUGAACCGUUCAUAAGAUUUCCUGGUAAAGUGCUUUCUUCUCACAGCUCACCAACAUCUACGUUCUCAGACUCUCGUAUAGCUUCAGAAAAGCUACCUUUCAGGAACAGUUCACCUCCGAAUGUAAAUUCCAGCAAAUUUUCUGAUUCGUGCUUUCAAGCUACCAUGUUUGCUUCUUCGAAACCGAUUAAUCGUGAAAAUCCUUUACAUGACAUCAAUCAUUCUAAGGAGUGCGAUCAGAAUCGUAUUGGUUCCGAAGUUGUAGAUCACAAGCCUUCAGUUAAUAUACCAGUUUCUUCUAAAAAAAUACAUUUUGAUAGACUGUCUCAUUAUUAUAAGAAGACAUUUAACUUAGAUGAUUCCCAGCAUCUGUAUGGUUUGGUGAUUUCCGCGGGGACUCCACCACCCCCACCACCUCCUCCUAUCCCUUCAUUCUCCGGACAUCCAGCGUCUUCAAACAGUCCGGUUGCUCCGUCGUAUGAUAUUGAGAAGAAUCCAGAAGAUAAUCCAACACAUCUGUCUGGAUCAUUGGAAUACUUCAUACAGCGCGAUAACGAGAUACGUGUGUGGCAAGAAACACGAUCUUAUGAACGAGAAAAACGUAACACUUCUCCAUGGCAUCACCGGGUUUCCAGUCAGCCUUACUUAAAUACAAAGAAGUUUUGCACAAUCUCUAAACAUCCCUCAAAGUAUUCUAAAAAUAAUGAAGGCUUUUUCUUUUAUCCUGAUGUCGUUACUGGUCAUUUCGACAAUGUCGAACAAACCCUACUGCGCAUCAGAGAUAGUUUGCAAGCUCAAUUAGAUCUAACUAAAGUGGGUUGUGCUUCACAAAAAAUAAACUCAAACAACGAUCGCUCAUCAACAAACAAUAACGGGGCUGUAUGUUGAUCUUAAUAUGAAGCAGAUUAUCCGAAUAUUUGAUACUCCAAUGUAUACAUUAUACACGGAUUACUUACAAUUUUUUCUGACAUUAAAUCCAAUCAUUUUCAGUUUAUGAUGAUUUCUUUUUGUGACCUGGGUUCUCGUACUAUAUUAUUCUCGUUCAAUAAUCUCAGAGUUCUCUAUCCCCAGACCCAGUUCAUCUAAGCAUUUUUGUACAGAUUCUUAUUUUGAUACAUUAAGUUUAUCUAAACCAAUGUCAUAUUUUUCAUCUUAAGUAACAUUUUAAAUUUUGUAAAUAACCUACGAACAUACUAUGUUAUCAGCUGGUUUUCAAGCCUUCCACAGAGAAUUCACCUAAAUUGUUAUUGAUUCGUGUAUGUAUCUUGCUUGUGUAUCUUCUGUUCUUUUAUCAACAUACCUCAUUAUCUUGGUGCUCCAGUAGAUUGCCGGUUUUCAAAUGUACAAUAAUAUCCGGUAAUCAGUUUUUAUUGGACAAUAGUCCAGUUAACACUUUUUAGCUGUACAACGAAUUAUUUCCUAAUAAUUAUAUAUUGAAAUAUAUUCAUAUAAAUGCCAAUCCUGUAUUGGUGUGGACUGCUGUUCAACAUUUUAAUAAAUCAGUCAUCUCAUAUUCAUUACUAUAUUUAAUUUCUUUAACCCUAUGCAUUUCAUAUUGAUAUUAAUAUUCCAAAACUAUCGAUCCCGGUCGUUUUGUCAUCACUUUCAAGUUACAUGUAAAAUUACUCUAGGCAGUUUCAGUAUACCUAAACGACUGUUUCAAUUUGAAAUCUUGUAAAUCUUUGACUUUUUCACAUGAAUGUUUUAAUCAUUUUACUCUGAUUUGCGUUCGUUUAAAUGAACAUUUAUCUUGUGUAUGUUGUAUAAAUGAAGUAUUAUUUGUUUAUUGUACAAGUAAUGGAUGUUGUACAUGUGUUUGAGCGUAUAUCCUGCCUUCGCCCGUAAUUUGGUUCGUCAUUGUUUUUUUUUUUUUUUUGAUUUCACAUGUCAAGGCAGCGACUUCUUGUUCUUAUUUCCUCUCAUUUGUUCAUGCUGAUAUAUUUCUUCACAUAUAUAGGAACUGCUUGAUCUAAUAAAAUGCCGAUGAUAUACAUGU